AUGUCGCUCCGUACAUUGGCGAUCCUUCUGGCCUGCGUCGCCCAGCAUUCUUCCGGCAGCAGGCCUAGUCUGAACGUCAACUUCAUGCAGGAGAGGACCCUGGAUGCCAACCGCCACCGGGAGGCCUCCAACCAGGGCCAUCAACAGCGGUUCAUCGAUGAGCUGAAUUUCGACUUUGGCCUCGAUAUUGGAGGCCCCUCCGAGUUGGUAGAAAUGCUGUUCGGGUUCUUCCAGGGCUUGAUGGAGGACUUUGGCUUCUCAUCGGGUGGUGGUGAAAGCGCACCAACUUCUGGGGACAACACGCAGGCCUACAACAAGCUAGGGGCGAAGAUCCGUGAGAUGACAGGUACGGAGGAAG